CAUGAUGAUCACGAUCCCAAGCCUUGUUCUAGAGAAUGCGGUGAUUUUAGCUAUGGAAUAUGUCCACGUUCAGAAGGAAGUCCAAGAAACCCCAUAUGCACCACAUGUUGUGCAGGCUACAAGGGUUGCCACUAUUACAGUGCUGACGGAAAGUUCAUUUGUGAAGGAGAGUUUGACCCAAGAAAGCCAAACGAACAUUGUCCCAGGGAAUGUGAUCAUAAAAUUGCUUAUUCAAAAUGUCCCCGUUCAGAAGGACCAACUAUAGUUAAACCCACUAGAUGCACCAGUUGUUGCACGGGUUACAAGGGUUGCUACUAUUACAGUAAAAAGGGCAAGUUUGUGUGUGAAGGAAAGAGUGAUGAACCCAAGGGUUGUAGUCAAGAAUGUGACCCUAAAGUUGCUUACAUGACUUGUCCACAUACUGGAUCGACAUACCAUACUGGAGUUUGUGUUAAUUGUUGUACCGCAAAAGCGGGAUGCAAUCUCUAUAGUCGUGAUGGAUCUUUAAUUUGUAUCGGGGAUCCUAAAAAUCAUUAAUAUAAAUAUGAAAUAAUAUGUAUGAAAUAAAACCAUGACGAUAUAAUCAUUAUUGUCAUGCUAAUAAUCUCUGUAAUGUGGCAAUGGAGCUUUUUCCACCGCAAUAAAUUAAUAAAACACUAGU